AUGGAAAUGAUAACGCCGCCAUCAUCUCAAACUUAUGUCAAGCUGUUGAGACGAGAGGUGAUUUUACCUUUGACUCCUCCAAGUGAGCGGGUGCUACAACAAGAGGAUGAGAAGAAGGGGAUCAAAACUAAAGCAAAGAGAAAACCAAAGCUAAAAUACAGACCUCCAAACGGAACAGUUUUGAAUAUCAGUACGUUUGAUGAUAGUGUUUCUAUAAUAGAGCAAGAUGACAAUAUUGAUUAUGAAGAUGUCAGCUUCCUUCAUUAUGCUAUAAAGCAUUCCAAAAAAGUUACAGUGGUUACAGGGGCUGGUAUUUCAGUUGCUUCAGGUAUACCCGAUUUCAGAUCUUCAAAUGGGUUAUUCCAAGGACUAAAAUCUGCUACUUCAUCAGGUUCCACUGGUAAAGCAUUAUUUGAUAGUAAUGUUUACAGAGACGAAGAAUCCACAGCAAAGUUCCAUGCAAUGAUAAGACAACUUCAUACUUUAACUGAGGAAUCAGAAGCAACGGAUUUCCAUCAUAUGUUGAACAACAUUUCAGAGGAAGGAAGGUUGUUGAGACUUUAUACCCAAAAUAUUGACUGUCUUGAGACAAGUCUUCCUAAUUUACAAACAACUGUUCCUAUCAAAUCAAAACCUCCAUAUCCACCAACUAUCCAAUUACAUGGCACAAUAAAGUAUAUGUAUUGCUCAAAAUGUCGUUGGAAUUCUGAAAUACAACCGGAAAUAUUCAACAGUAACCAGGCUCCAGCAUGCCCUGAGUGCACGGAAUUGGAUGAGAUAAGAACCAUAGCCGGGAAAAGAUCACAAGGGAUCGGGUGUUUGAGACCUAGAAUUGUUUUAUAUAACGAAUUCCACCCAGAUGGUGAACAUAUUGGUCAAGUAUCUACUUUAGACUUGAAGUCAAAACCAGAUUGUUUGAUUAUUGCUGGUACAUCUUUGAAGAUUCCAGGUGUGAGAAAACUUGUUAGAGAGUUGGCUAGAGCUGUCCAUGCUGCAAAAGGAUGCGUAAUAUGGAUGAACACUGAUGAACCAUCAAUAAGUAUUGUGGAUUUCGUUGAAUAUAUCGAUAUGAUUGUUGUUGGUGAUUGUCAAGAUAUUCCAAAGGUGAAGAAGGAGGAAUCCGAUAAAUCAAGUAGACCAGUGAAAAGUCCAAAGAAGCAAUCCCGUGUCACCAAACCUAACCCACAGACAAAGAAGUCAAAAUCAAAGAAAGAUACCAAAAUCCAAUCAAGAUUGGAAGAACUUGUUACGAAGAUUAAUGAAGCUAAAUAA